UCCCCUUCGUCUCUGCGGCCGGGGGUGAAAGGCCGAAGCUGAAUUUCUCGAUUGCGAUCCGGCGGUUUGCUUCCCUCAGGGGGUUCACCUGUCAUGUCUCUGGUUGUCAUUCAACUUGGCCAGUGUGGGAACCAGGUUGGGAAGCAACUGUUUGAAGCAGUAAGCACAGAUGGGCGGAGUGGCCCCAACGAGAGCAAGUGUUACUCCAGCAUUUCACAGGAGCGAUUCUUCAGCAGCAGCACGGACGGAGUACCAGUAGCUCGGGCUGUUCUUAUUGACAUGGAGCCAAAAGUCAUCAGCCACACUAUGUCUAAAGCUGCAAACUCAGGGAGCUGGAGAUAUGGAGCUCAAUCAUCCUUCUGCCAGAAACAAGGAUCCGGAAAUAAUUGGGCAAGUGGGUUUUGCGUUCAUGGUCCCCGACACGAAGAAACUGUGAUGGACCUGGUCCAACGGGAGGUUGAGAAAUGUGAGCGGCUCAGUGGUUUCUUGACGAUGAUGAGUCUGGCUGGAGGGACUGGGUCCGGGUUGGGUACAUUUGUUACUCAGUGCCUGCGGGAUAGAUACCCACACUCAUUGAUACUAAAUCAACUUACGUGGCCUUAUGGAACUGGAGAGGUAAUUGUCCAGAAUUACAACACAGUGCUGACAUUGUCUCACUUGUAUCAGUCAUCUGAUGCACUACUCAUUCAAGAGAAUGACAUAAUUCACAGGAUUUGUUCGCAGCUAAUGAAUAUAAAACAGAUCUCCUUCACAGAUAUGAACAAAGUAAUUGCUCAUCAACUUGCAAGUGUCUUGCAGCCAGCAUGGACCAGGCUGCAUGCAACAGAAUAUAGUUCAAAUCCUCUUGGUGAUCUGCUGGAAAGUUUGGUAACUCAUCCAGAGUAUAAAUUACUAGGCUUGAUGAACAUCCCGCAGAUGUCUGACAUUUCUUUGCAGUUCAGUACCUUUGCCUGGCCAGGGCUACUGAAGCACCUGCGACAAAUGCUGAUGGCCAAUACAAAAAUGGAAGCAGGUAUUGACUGGCGAGUGAAACUUCCCCUGAUAGGUCUUCCCCCAGCUGCAAGAGUUUCACAAAAUAAAGAACUGCAUGUCAAUAUGUCUCUGGCCAACCUACUGAUAUUGCGAGGGAAAGAUGUUCAGGAAGCUGAUGCAGGCAGUUUUCAGGAUCGAGCACUGUACACUUCCUGGAUGCCUGUGGAUACUGCCUUCAAUCUCUGGAGAACCUCUGUACCCUUCAAUAAGUAUGAGAAAUCAGCCACUCUUGUCAGCAAUAGCCAGUGUCUCCUGAAACCUCUGGACUGUGCAAUCAAUAAAGCUUGGGACAUGUUUGCCUCCAGGGCUUAUGUGCAUCAGUAUGUGAAACAUGGAAUCUCAGAGGAGGAAUUUCUAGACAGUUUUACAACCAUGGAACAAGUCAUCGCUAGUUAUUCUAGCCUUGGAUAGAUAAUGGUGAUGUGAGAUGUUUACAACUACUGCUCCGAGUGAUAAGCAGCAUAUUGCAAGUUUCACUCAAAUCUUAAUGACUCCAGGUAUUAACAAUUAAAAUCUUUGUAAACUUUGAACUAUUUUUCUAUGAUGUAUUUAAGAUUUGUCCUAAUAAUAUGAAGAAUAUAAUACAAAAUAUUUCAGUAUUAAUUGUCUUUCCUGUUUUCUUCUUCUAAAUGUCCAGUCAAAUUUUAGCAACCAAUGAGCAAAUACCUGUUGUUUGAAUCAGUGAAGACACCUUGUAGAAAAUAAGAUCUUCAUAUUGAUAGUUCAGGAAAAAGUCAGUGAGAUUCCUACGUUGACAGGAUGUCGUCUAUUGGUGAGCAAAGUCAGGCUGUUCAGUCUCAGUGAGCUGUAGAUGGAAUGCACGGUCUUGGUGAGCUUUGGAAGUUUUCAAAUACUUUGCUUCUCCAUUGCCUACAAGGAGAAGAAUUCCAAAGACUCUCAAGAUUUGCCCUUUUACUUUAUGGAAGAGCUGACCCCUUGUUUUCAAACCAUAGCCACUAGUUUAGAUUUUCCCAUAAAUGAAAUUGUCCACCCAAGAGUGUAGGAUAUGUAAGAGAUAGUGAUUUAGCACAAGACACAGUAUAAGAUGGAACAGUUUCACUGAGGCUUGGGAUGCAAUGCUUCAGUUAUGAAGAAAGAACAUGGAUUUCAAAGAUAAAAGUAUGUUUAAUAUCAGACUAUGUAUACAGUAUAUGUCCACAGACAAACUGACAUACAUCCCCAUAGAACGAUUGAAACAUCAAAGCUCCCCCUUCGCUUCACACAAUUCUUUCAUAAAAGAAUUGAUCCCCUCACCCCACCUGUGCCAGCAGAAACACUGACCCCACCACAGCACUAUGUGAGCAGUAGCAGAAGCCCUUGAUCCCGAAUCCAUCAAACUAGUUCAUAAACUAACCCUUGGGUAUCUCAGACAGGCUCCCUCUCGCCAGUGAGUGGGAGAAAAAGGUGACUGAGUGGAGACCAGAAACCCGCUGUACCAAAUGUUACAGUCUAAUGGUGUUGCAACUCCAAGCCCCUGUCUUUAGGGCAGUCAGUCAGUCCCUCCUCGCCUUCUACCCUCCUCCCCUCUUCCCCCUCCAACCUCUCUCUCCCCUCCUCCUACUCUUCUUCUCCCCAUCCUCUUCUCCCUCUCACUCCCCCCUCCCCCCUCACUCUCCCAACUCCCUCUGUCCUCCCCUCCAUUAUACAACCUUGAGAUUCAUCAAAACGUCAAAAGAACCUAUUUUAUUAAGAAAAAAGACAGUCAAACAUCCAAUGCACAGAGAGAGGGAGAAAACAAAUUGUACAAGCAAUAAAAAUUGCUUCGGAACUGAAGUUUUCCAAAAGACACAAAACCAGGCAUCUCUGCAGCUGGAGCAGGCCACAGCCUCAGUUCAGCAUGGAGGUGAGUAAAUGUCAUGGAGCAGAGAGCAUAACUGGGCAGAACCGGCCCUCGCUUCACCUCCAGUCCAGACACACACUGAUCUUUCCAAUCUGGCCUGGCGCUUAAAACUCUCCAACUGUUCUGGGGCCUGAACCCCACCCAGACAAUUUAACCCAUACCCAACCUUUCCAAUUUGGCCCAGUGCUUAAGCCAAUUUGACAUCAGGACAUUCCCUGAUCUUGACUAGGUUGUAAAUUUGAGCCCAAGCCGAGGCAGUGUGUUGUGUCCCUGAGCAAGGCACUUAACCACGCAUUGCUGCAGUCCACCCAGCUGAAAAUGGGUACUGGCAAAAUGCCGGGGGUUAACCUUGCGAUAGACUGGCAUACUCUCAGUCAUUUCUCGCCAUGGAAACAGGCAUAAGCACCAGGCUGAUGAGCCUAUAAGGCUCUGGACAGACUUUAACUUUAAUAAGGUGUUUAGUAGUUUCCUUAGUUCCUUAUGUAGUCACUGAACAUGUCCAGUGCCAUCAUAAACUGCUUCAAGCCUGCCCUGCCAUUCAGCAUGAUCUUGGCAUAUUUUGCAUCAAUAUGGUGGGACAAAGCCACUUUCUGUGCUUUAUGGCCCUAUGAGUCUAACCUUCUCCUCCUGGAAUUAGUCUAGUAAAUUUCUUUUGAACUACCUCUAUAGCCAGUAUAUCCUUAAACAAGGGUACCUUUGUACACCAGGUGUGGCCACGUAUAAUUGUAAUUAUAAUUCCCUUUUAUAAACACCAACACUAUUGCAAUAGAGCAGUGACCAUACUGGGUUAGGGGCUGGCCCUUCCUGUUGGUAUUUCCCUCCAGUGUUCAAUCAGUGGAAUGACAAACUGGAUUGCAUGUGUUCAUGCCUACAUACAUUCAUUUGCAGAUCGCUCAGAACUGCUUGUUCUUACCGAUGACACCCAUACACCAUCAAUUUACAGGACAUGUUACUCAGGGACUUGGGCUAUAUAUUUUUUGUGUGAUUGUAUGUUUACUUGGUAUUCUGUAUGUGCCUUGUGCUUUGUAUGACUUUUGGUAGUGUGUGUGGCACCUUGGCCCCGGAGGAACGAUGUUUCAUUUGGCUGUAUUCAUGUGUAUUUAUGUAUGGUCGAAUGAUCAUUAAAUGACCAUUUACC